CUGACUGAGUAUAGCAGCACUAGUUUCGUAGACACUAGCCUGCCAGUUUUCCAAGGAACUGAAUCCGACUUCAUUUAAAUUCUUCUGGCACAGUUUGGUGGCACUGCAUUUAUUUUUUGUUAAAGCCCACAUACCAUGACAGAACAAUCAGCAUUACUUCUUCGAAAGCAAUUGGCAGAGCUCAACAAAAACCCAGUGGAAGGAUUCUCAGCUGGCCUAAUAGAUGACGAGGACAUAUAUAAAUGGGAGGUUGUCAUAAUCGGACCACAAGACACCCUUUUUGAAGGUGGUUUUUUUAAAGCGUACCUGACUUUUCCCUAUGACUACCCUCUCCGGCCUCCCAAGAUGAAGUUCAUCACUGAACUCUGGCACCCUAAUGUUGCAAAAAAUGGGGACGUGUGUAUCUCAAUUCUUCACGAACCAGGGGAGGACAAGUUUGGCUAUGAGAAACCUGAGGAACGCUGGCUGCCCAUCCACACUGUAGAGACCAUCAUGAUUAGUGUGAUCUCUAUGUUGGCUGACCCAAACAGUGACUCACCUGCAAACGUGGAUGCUGCUAAAGAAUGGAGGGAUGACCCCAACGGGGAAUUCAAGAGGAAAGUGGCACGCUGUGUACGAAAAAGCCAGGAGAUGGCGUUUGACUGAAAGAGUUCCAGGUUAAAGGAAAUGGCUUCAGAAGGAAAAUGGUCUGUUCAGCAAACGGCUUUUGCAUCCCUUCUUUUGCCAGCCGAGGAAUCUGGUUGGUCCCCAGGCACUUCCUUGUAGUUGUUUAUGCAGAAGACGAGCCAAUGUAAGAAACCUACCAGCGUAAAUUACCCACCAUUUCCUUCCUGGAAUUGUAUAUUUAAUUUAAUUUAUUUUGAAAAUAUAUCAAUGUAAGAUAUGUCAUUACUGUAAAUGAACUCCCUUUUUUAUCUGCUGUUGAACAGUUUCUACUUUGUACCAGGUUUCUUAUGCAAUUUAGUGGAUGUUUGACGUGCUUGAAGAGUGUAAACAAUUACAAGCCUGUUCACUUGAUAGGUUAUCAUUCGUCUUCUGAUCCUCACAAUCGUCCCCACAUGAUAUUGGUUUCUAAGACCUUGUCAAAUGUUGUUUUGUUCACCACUGUCAUUUAAUCACUGCUGCCUUAUGUUAAUUCUACUCUGUCAUCGACAUUAUAUCUGCCUGGUGAACCUGUGGCCCUUUUUACUUGGAUAAUCAAUAUUUCAAUUACUUAUCAUGGCACAGUUUUGUUGACGGUGAUAUCUUACACAACCAAAAAUGUUCCAGGGGUUCCUUUGUCUUAAAUCAACCCUUAAAAACCCAACUCGAUGUGUACUCACUGAAUGGUGAGCAUGUGACUAUAAAACUACCCCUCUCUCACUUGCUGGUCCUAAUUAAGAAGUGUUCAAUUCACGUGAAAGGUUUUGGGUUGAUUGGAGGUGGGACAUAGAAUUAAGCUGUGAUUAUUCAGAGGGUAGACUGGGAUUUGAACUGACCUUACCUCAACUUAAAUGAAUUACAAAUGUGAUGCAUAUUUAUGAUAGUUGGAUUUCCUCUUUCUGUUGCCUUUUUCCUUGUCUUAAUAGAUUUUGACUUACAGUAGCUAAUAUCGGAACAACCAUGAUGACAAAUAUGUAUUCAGAUGUUUAAUUCAUAUCCUCAUCUGUAAGAUUGUAUCAAUCAACUGACACUAAUGCUAACUGCCAUGCUAACAUGUUAGUCAGUGGUGCAGUCUAUGGAGAACAACAUGCAAUUCCUUGUCUGAAAAUAUUAUUUGAUCAAUUGAUGAGAUGGUAGUUUUUUUGUUUAGAAUUUAUUGGGGGGGGGGGGGGGAUAUGGUAAAAAAUCCUGCUAAUGUAGUUAUUUCGCCAUAGUGUGGGAUUUUUUGUGUUGAUAGGCCUCGUGAUAUUGAAUAAUCCUUCAAAUGCAUCUGAUGUCAAUUGAUAACGGACAGACUUAUUUUUUUUGUCAGUUGUACUUCAUUUGUUAUGCACAAUCAACAUUUAAAUUAGGAAAAGGGGAGGUGGGGGCAAAUACAACUUGUGCUCAAUGAGACCACUUUGUUUUAACAGUGUUUAUUAUAACUGUUUGAGCUACCAUAAAACCUACAUAGAAUCAUCAUUACCAAUGUCCAAACCCUGGUUAAUCUACAAAUAUACCUAAAAUGGCGCAUGCAAUCAGGUUGUUUUUUGAGAUAUUGUGUACUACUGAUGGAAUUCUGUAUAGGUUUUAAGGGACGUUACUGUUAUCUUUGUAAUUUGCAAACCAACCAUGACCUCCUCUGACCGGUGUUCACUGUACUUGCACAUGCUCAGUGCAUUGUCAUGAUGCCAUGGAAAUGUCAUGAAGCAAUAGACUUAGUUGUGUUUUACAGGUAAUCCUUUUCUCUCCCAUUAUCCCCCAAAUGUGUUUAUUUUAUCACUUGGUUUAUGCAAUGUAUAUUUGACACGAGCUCAAUAAAAUGUGGAUGUCAUGUG